AAGCUGCAAUAAUUAAUUACAUCCACGUGCAAAUCGUGUAGCUGCUCCCUCGUUGCUUCUGUUAUUGUUAUUGUUUAACCCAAGGUCAACCCUGAAUCAAACAGUCCAAUGACCAAAAGUAUUCUACCCAUGAUCACUUCGACUACAUAGUCUUUUUCUUAAUGGCAUGAUGUAAUUUGAGGAAGAUUUGGCAGAAUUUCUCGAAAGUCGAGAGUAAAUCCUUUUUGGCUCGUGCACAAGGUUUUAUUUGAUGUUGUUAUGGUGUUGACCCACAACAAAGUCAGCUGUCGCUCUCAAAUUCAGUUCAUCAAGUUUGUCUGCCUCUAUUCUGACCGCCACCAAAACCUUUAGGCAUAUUGUAACAUUGAAAACUGGAAGAAAUGUGACGUCCAAACUGUAACUGUGCACAGUUCAAUAAAUGACCCUACACCAAAGUGCCAACAAUGAAGAUAUUUGGAUUUGAAUUUGCUCCAAUUUUCAUUCCUCUUGAAAGACGUAUACAGACAGCUUGUGUCUUUCAGUGGGCACUAUGUUUCUUAUGUAUGGGCUUUGGAAGUCUUGCUGUCUUCAUCUACCUCUUAUUCACUGAAUACUAUUUCAUACCUCUGGCUUAUUUAAUGUGGUACAUCUAUGACUUCAACACAUGUGAGCAAGGAGGCCGUCGUCUUCUGUGGCAAUUUAACAAUCCCAUUUGGAAAUACUUUGCUGAUUACUUUCCUAUAAAGCUCAUCAAGACAGCAGAGCUUGAUCCAUCCAAGAACUAUAUAGUUGGUUACCAUCCUCAUGGAAUUAUGAGUGCUGGUGCAUUUGCAAACUUUGCAACAAAUGCAACAGGCUUCAACCAAAUGUUCCCAAAUAUGCAUCAAUAUUUGUGCAUAUUAACAGGACAAUUUCGCUUUCCAUUCUUCAGAGAGUAUCUAAUGAGUUCUGGUUGCUGCGCAGUGUCAAAGAACAGUCUGAACUGGCUUCUAAAUCAAAAGGAAAAAGGUAAAUUUAUUACUAUUGUCGUUGGAGGAGCAGUAGAAGCCAUUGAAGCAAAUCCAGGAAAAUUCAAACUAAAAAUCAAAAAGCGGAAAGGAUUUAUCAAAAUAGCUCUCCAGCAUGGAACCCCUCUGAUCCCAGUAUACUCUUUUGGAGAGAAUGAUCUUUUUCUGCAGCUGAGUUCUGAAAAACGAAAUUGGUUGAAGUGGUUCCAAUUGAAAUUCACAAAAUUUAUUGGUUUUUCACCAGUAAUCUUCCAUGGAAGGGGUAUUUUUAACUACACAUUUGGAAUUGUGCCAUUUCGGAAACCCGUCAAUACUGUUGUUGGAAAACCAAUUGAAGUUCCUUUGAUAGAAAAUCCAAGCAAAGAGCAGGUUGAAGAAGUCCACAAGAUUUAUCUGAACAGUCUGUAUGAACUUUUUGAAGAAUAUAAGGGCAAAUAUGGCAUUGAUGAGAUGAAUCACUUGAUCUUUGAAUAACCUUUUCACAUCUUCAAAAUCAAAAUUCUUUAUAUAUUUUUCUAUUUUUUUCUUUGUUGCAAUUUCUUAGGUCAGUUAUUUUCUUCCAUUGUCUGUAUAAAUUUAUUUAGCUCUUUGCUGAUUCUUCAGUUUAGAAUUUCAUCAUUUUGGUCUUCAUCAGUAUAAUGGAAAUAAAUAAUUUAACCAGUUCAUAGUUUUAGCAAGAUUUUGGAUUUGUAGAAUAUUCUUUUCUUUUGUUAAUCACAUUUUUUUCACAUUUUGUUUAUUUGUUCAAGAAGAUUAGAAGAUAAGAAAAGAUGGUGGAGAAUUAGAAUUGGUAGGGACACCCUGCCCUUGACAGCCUUAUAAAGCCCUGGGUAAAGCAACCCACAAGUACCAAAGUGCAUUGCCACAGAAAGAUGCAACAUUAAUUGAUUAGCAUUGGAGUCAUGGGCAAUGACUCAGUGUGCUCAAGUCUUAAAUUGGAUCUGUAUAGAGGGUAAACUAAAUGCUUUGCAGUAUUUAAGUUCUGAAUUCAAAUACUGCCAGGGUCAAUGUCACAACCAUUCUGUUAGAUAUUUGAGUAAGACAUUUAACUCCAUGUUUUUAUUUAUCUACCUGUCAGAUAAAAAUACCAGAUUUGUUUUGUAAUGCUAUUCACAAUAGCUUUGCAUCCUACCCAUGUUAGAAUCAAAUUAAAGUCUCAUCUGUUUACUGUA